AUGCAGAGUCCUCUUUUGCACCAGGUUUCGUCUCUUCGUGAUUCGCUUCUUUGCGAGGCACCGAGUCACCAUCCAUACCCGGGUCCGAGCCUCUCAGACGGGCUGCGUCCUCGCUUAGCCAUUCCUCCGCCGCUUUCCAGCCUUCGUCCCGACAACGGCAGUAUUCUCACCUCCACCCUCCUCGACGUUGGAAAUACCAGCUCUUUUUCCGACACUCAGCCGCUUUCUAAAUCAGAUCAGGACCUGGCACACUAUCUCGCUACUUCAAAUCAUGUUCUCGAUGGAUCAAUGCAGAGAGAUUCGACAAUGCUGAGCAGCGAUUGGAGUGUUCAUUCCAUUGGGUCCAUGUUUGAACGUGGGGGAGACCACCACCAGCAAUCAUGGGGUAACCUUGAUCCCUCUCCUCCAACACCCUUGACGGCCGUGUCACCGUUGGCUGGCAAUGCACUGAAAUUGUACAGUCCACAUGCAGAUUACUCGCUACACCAAGCUCGCCGCAGCUCUUGGUCAUCUUCUUCACAAUCUCUAUCCAACCCAGCAUCGCGUCGGGGCUCCGUUUCUUACCAGUCGCCCGUCAUUCCUGAAUCGCGGAGAAAUUCCAUGUCGUAUCAGCAUUCUCCAGCGCCAGGUCUCCCGCCGCUUGGUCACCCUUUACCAUCGUCCCUUCUCCGCGUCAAUGUCAAUACAUCGCCUCGAAUUCCGAUCUCGCCUCAUCUACAGCCCCAAAUUCUACCCGCCAGAACUUCGGUCUGUGUAGAGCCUGGUUCGGUUUCGUUGGAGUUGGACGGCGAGGCAGAUCAUGGUUCGAGCUAUCCAGAAGAGGAGCGUUUCGUCAAUCUCUCUGAUUUGUAUUCGCAUUCAGAGCCGACCGAGGGUCGUCGCAAGAUGGUCCUUCGUUCUCCUCCAGCUUCUAAAAGCUCCGCGUCCGUUGUCGUUUGCGAUUCGUCAAGUCCCAGAGGCCUGAAACGUCCAGCGGAGGCAGAUGACCUGGAACAACCUUCAAAGCGCCAUUGUGAUAGCGACAAAGAUAAGCGCAGGGCGGUCGGCGAAGAAGAUUUGGAGAGUGCUGUUUCAGACGACGAGUCCUACGAGUCGGAGGUCUCAGAUGAUGAAGAGUAUGAAGACACCGAUGACCAAGAAUUCAUUCCUGGCCGUCGUUCUACCUCUCGUCGCACCGCUCGUCGCCGUGUCAAGCAGGAGCCUGAUGAUGACUAUAUCUUGGGACCGAGAGCGCAGCGAAUGAGGGUUGGAAAACGAACUGGAAGUGCUGCUGCUGCCUUGAAGGCAUUGACAGCGCUUGCAUCGGGAGAAAGAGAGUCCAUUUCAGUCCCUCCCCCCUCCCGUCUAGCUCCUUCCAGCCAGGCAGACAACGCUCCCGAAGGUUACCCGACCUCUGCGUAUUUUCCUCCCUUGCCUAGGAUCAAGCAAGACUAUGCUCGCUUCCCCCCUCUCAAUCCAUUGAGCGGUAUAAAAGGCCCGGAACCAGUGUAUGCGACUCGCUCUGUUUCUGCCUCCGCCUCCGCCUCCGUCACUUCUUAUACUUCCAUCGCCGAAACUACCAGCCGUACAGCAAGAGGUGCUAUCUCCGUGCCAGUGCCAGUGCCCAACCUGACGAAGAAAAGUCGCGGACGCCGAGUACCUAUAUCGGAAGACCAACAGGAGCGGCCUUUUAUAUGCCCAGCCGAUGGGUGUGGAAAACGCUUUGUGCGCGGAGAACACUUGAAGAGACAUGUCAGAAGCAUCCACACACAUGAAAAACCACAUAUCUGCCCGUACGAAGGAUGCGGCAAGUCAUUCAAUCGACGUGACAACCUCGCACAGCACUCAAGGAUCCACUUUGACGACAAAUAA